AUGACUGAAGAAGAGACAACUAAAAUAAUUGAUGAAUUAGUAGAUGCGUUUAAGCGUGAAGGGAAAUUCGAUCAAUUAAGGAAAGACACAUUGGAAAAGGUGAUAUCAAAUGAAAGCUUUUCUCGUAUUGCCGAAGAAUCGAAUCGAAUUGCAGAUAGUAUUUUGAAGUCUUUGUCGAGCCACGUGACGAAAGAUAAGGCUCGGACAACUAUUCGGGAACAGUUGAAUGUAAAUCUUCGUCAAAAAAUAGAAACAGCUGUCUUUCAGGUUAUGGGGACCGAUGAUAACAUCCGACUCAUCUUAGACCAAGUAGCAAUUCCAAUUUCUUCGUAUUUAGGCUUAGAUGAAGAGAACGAACCAAAAGUUGAAGAAGGAGAGUUGAAAAAUGAAAAUCAUCAGGUCUGUGACAUGGAGAUUGAAUCGGAUUCGGAAAAGGGGGAUGUAAACCAAGAAGCAAUGCAUAAUAAAAAGAGCAUCCAGGAUGGAUGUCACGUAAUUUUUGAGGAACCUUGCUCUUCUAAUCCAAAAGUUACGGAAACUGAGGAGGCACCAGUUUUUGCUGAUUCUCAAAAUGAAACCCUUUUCAACUCGAACCAUGAACUGGAAGAUCCCUCAUCUAAAAACGCAAUAGUGAUAGGCGAAGUGAGGUCCAAGAAUAAUAAGUCAUCUGAUUCCUGUGUGGAUCAAGUGAAAAGUACAAUCACUACACCAAACUUGUGUGAUGCGCCGAAAGAAUUUUCUGAAGAUAGGGCGCGGCGUCAAAGGAAGCCACGUCGAGACCCUGAUUUUGCUUAUUUCAAUUAG